AUGUCGGGCACCAAAGCCCUGCUUAAGGGCAUUAACGAAGCAAUUAAGCAGCGGAAAUGGGACGAGGCCAUCGAAGCGGCGGAGGAGGUCUUCCAGAAAGAUCCCAAAAACUACCAGGCACACGUCUUUCUCGCCUUUGCCCUGGACAAGGUGAACAAGCUUGAUGAGGCAGAGACUGCAUACCUUGCUGCGACCAGGUUCAAACCCAAUGACCCGCAGGCCUGGCAGGGUCUCAUAAAACUAUACGACCGGCAACGGGGCAAGAAGCUGAAGCAGUAUCAGCGCGCCGCUCUUAAGCUGGCCGAGAUCUUUCGAGAUGCCAACGAAAUGUACAAAUGCCAGGAUGUGGUUGAUAAGUUCAUCGACCAGGCACGGACGCAGGGCGAGCGAGCUCAGUAUGUGGACGCGCUGGAUCUAAUCCUACCGGAGAGUCCCAUCUACCCAGCCCUGGAGGGCCGUGUCCCACACCCGGCCAAGACGUAUCACAUCCAGGCCGAGAUUGUCGAGAUGGAGGAAAAGAAGCGAAUCAAUACUCUCAUCGGCGAGCGGCGCACCCGGAUUGGCGCCCGGGUUAGCGAAGUAACGCUUGAGGUGAAACGCGAGGUCUACGCCCAGAGUAGGCUGGGCUACGUCUACGGGCAGAUAAUAAAUUGGGCCACCGAUGACGAAAUCCGUCGAGCGUACGAGGAAAAGCUUCUGCAGUACUGUUACGACCGGCUUGUUGCGUGGCCUCCAGGCGAGCAGAAGGAACGUGAGGCAGCUAUCGUCCAGAAGCUCGCAAACGACAUGGUCAUCAUCAACAACCCAUACAAAUUCGCGUGGGAUAUUGCCAUCAAUUGGCAAGACCACAAGAAUAUUGCGGAUUGGGAUGUCACCGUGCUCCGCCAAUACUGCACCUUCUUUCCCGACAGCGACCUCAACAGGGUCAUCAUGGGCUUCCUCACAAGCGCCAUCUCCCCAUUCCCCAAGGAGCCCACACCGACACCCGAGGCUCCUACCGGCGCGGAAAGCGAAGAGGAGAGCGAGGACGACGAGGCAGGAGGCGCACCGACGACAUACGUCCCGCUCACCGAGGAGGAUCGCCUGUUGAUGAUUAUGGAAGGCAUCAGCAACGCCGACUCGCUGUUCGCACUUAGGUUAGCCGGUGAAUACUAUCAGUAUCUUGAAGAGCAUGAGAGCAACGUCGAGCUCAUGCGCAAGGCCCUUGACCACCUCAAGGCGGAGCGCUCCAAGACCGGGUUGGUGUUCCGAAACACCGAGGACGCCUUUUCUCUGUAUCUGGGGACAGCGCUGGUAUUUUACCAAUCGCCGCGCAAUCAUCAGGAAGCCAAGACUUUGUUUGAUGGAGUUCUGGCCCAUGAUCCGUCAUCUACGGGUGCCAUGAUUGGUGUGGGCUUGAUUUACGAGGAAGAAGAAGAGUAUGUCGAGGCAAUCGACUUCCUGGAGCGUGCCCUACAGCGCGACCCCGAAAACCUUCGCGUCAGGACGGAGGCUGCCUGGGUCAAGGCGUUGAAAGGGGACUUUGACAUCAGCCGAGCCGAGCUGGAAGUUUGCCUCCCGCUUCUUACGAAGAAGGGACAUACAAACAAAGAGCUCCUCGCGCAGACCCAGUACCGCGUCGGUUACUGCAUCUGGAAUAUCGAUACGUCAAAGGCGGCGAGGAAGAGCCGGUCGGGCGCCUAUGCUUAUUUCCUCGACGCCCUUAAGAGCAACCUCAACUACGCACCUGCCUACACCAGCCUGGGAAAGUAUUACGCGGAUUAUGCCAAAGAUAAGAAGAGGGCCCGCAGGUGCUUUCAAAAGGCGGUCGAGCUCUCGGCGUCUGAGGUCGAAUCGGCCGAGAGACUUGCUAGGUCUUUUGCAGAUGACGGGGAUUGGGACCGCGUCGAGCUUGUUGCACAGAGAGUGGUUGACUCGGGCAAGGUCAAGCCGCCGCCGGGCUCGAAGCGCAAGGGCAUCAGCUGGCCCUUUGCCGCCCUGGGUGUGGCGGAACUCAACAAACAAGAUUACCGCAAGGCCAUCGUUUCAUUUCAGGCAGCCCUCCGGAUAGGACCGGAUGACUACCACUCGUGGGUCGGGCUGGGCGAGAGUUACCACGGGUCUGGGCGCUACAUCGCCGCCACAAAGGCCAUCCUCAACGCGCAAAAGCUGGAAGAGGCUGCGGACGGGAAUAUUUCUGGGGAAACGUGGUUCUCCAAGCUCAUCCUUGCUGAUGUCAACCGCGAGCUAGGCGAUUUUGAUGAGGCUAUUAACCUCUACCGCGAGGUAGUCGCCGGCCGCCCGGACGAAGCAGGUGCGGCCAUCUCCCUGAUGCAAGCCACCGUGGACAAUGCCUUGGACAGCUUGGACAAGGGCUUCUUUGGCAAGUCUAUUGACCUUGCCGUGGAGACGCUCAACUUCGCAGUGCAAGCUCCGGAAGAAAUUAAGGGGACGUUUAACUUUUGGAAGGCUGUGGCCGAUGCUUGCUCGCUCUUUUCGAGCGUCCAAGGUCGUUUGUCAGAGUUCCCGCUGGACACCGUCCAGCAACUGUUUGGUACCGAGGCUUUAGAUGCCGCUGCGGUAAAUGGAGCUGGAGCCGCCAGCAAUGGAGUUGGAGCCGCCAGCAAUGGAGUUGGAGCCGCCAGCAAUGGAGUUGGAGCCGCCAGCAACGGCGUCAACUCGGACGAGGGCAAGAUUGGGAGCGAGCUAGCAAAGGUUUUACAUGCCACGAUCCUCGCCCACAAGCGUGCUAUCCAAGUUUCUGCCAACGACCUGCAUGCCCAGUCAGUCACAUAUUACAACCUCGGCUGGGCGGAACACCGCGCGCACAUGUGUUUGCCCCUGCGGCUGAGAAAGAAAGCUACCAAGUACUUGAAGGAAUCGAUCGCGUGCUUCAAGCGGGCCAUCGAGCUCGAGGCAGGCAAUUCGGAGUUCUGGAACGCUCUCGGAGUCGUGACCAGUGGCGUCAACCCCUCCGUUUCGCAGCACGCAUUUGUCCGCAGCCUCCAUCUGAACGAGCGCGGCGCGCAUACCUGGACAAACCUGGGAACGCUAGCUCUGAUCCAGGGUGAUAUUCAGUUUGCGAACGACGCCUUUACGAAAGCGCAGUCGUCCGAUCCUGAUUUUGCACACGCGUGGUUGGGACAAGGCUUGGUGGCUCUGCUGCUCGGCGAUCAGAAGGAAGCGCGAGGCCUGUUCACGCACGCCAUGGACAUCGCCGAGAGCUCAUCUGCAGCAAGCCGGCGGCACUUUUCCGUGUCCAUGUUUGACUACAUCAUGGAGUCGCCCGCCGACCUGCCCGUCACGUCACUAAUCCAACCCAUCCUCGCGCUCAGCCAGCUGCAGGGCCUCAACCCACAGGAGCUCGCCUACGGCCACCUCUCAGCCCUCUUCCAGGAACGCAACCACGAGCACGACCGCGCAGUCUCAACGCUCGAGAAGAUCUGCGCGGCCGUCGAGUCCGACUACGAAGUCACCGAGUCUCCAGAAUCCCUCAAGCGCUUCGCCAUCGCCAAAGCCGACCUCGCGCGCGCCCACCUCGCGACCGGCUCCCACGCCGAGGCCGCCGAAGCCGCCGAGCUCGCCGUCCAACUCAGCAGCGACGAAGCCGACAGCGAACUCACCCCCGAGGAGCGCCGGCGCGUGCGGCUGAGCGCGCACGUCACCAUGGGCCUGGCGCGCUACUACCAAGGCGCCGUCGACGACGCCGUCGCCUGCUUCGACGCCGCCAUCGCCGAGUCCGACGGCAACCCGGAUGUCGCUUAUGCGGAUGAGGAGAGUCUGGAGGCGGUCGUCGCCGAGCUGCAGAGUCUGCGUGCCAGCGACGAGGGCGUCUCGCCCGCUGAUCAGCGGCAGCUGGGUGAGGUGCUGCGCGCGAUUGCGGCGUUUGGGCAGGGCGGCGAUGGCGAUGGCGACGACCCGGAGAAGGCCAAGGCCAACCAGGCCCGCGCCGAUGUCAUGUUCCACCCGCACCUGCCGCACGGGUGGUCGGAGCUGGGCGGGCUGGGCGCUGGUGAGGAGGGGCAGAGCGCGGCGGAGAUGGCGCUGAGGGUUGCGCUGAAGGCUGUGCCGCCGAGGGGGGAUCUCGCGGCGGGGGAUCUGGCGAGGGCGUAUGCUGGGACGGGGCGCGCUAUGGAUGCGCAGAAGGCGGUGAUGGUUGCGCCGUGGGAGAAGGCCGGUUGGCUGGCGUUGGGGGAGGUUGUUAAGGGGUAG